GGUUAUUUCUUUAGAGACUCGACAAUGAAACAGUCAACAGUCGAAGUAAACGAUUUAAUGAUGAGGCAUCCCGAUGUUUUGAACAGCUUCUGAUGCGCCUUUGAUGCGGAGUAACAUGACAGCAAAUAGGACCCUGCAGCGGCGCGCUCCGGUUAACCUCACCUGUCCCCAAACGCACUUUUACUUUUCCACCUGAAGUCGCCCGCAGGACCUUGACAUCUAUUUCUCUCUUAAGAUCAUGUUUUCCGUCUUGCUCCUCGGUUUGUUUCUCCUGCACGGUUCUCUCGGGGAGAUCGUUUUCCGCUGCCCGAGCUGCACCGCGGAGCGCCAGGCGGCGUGCCCGAAGCUCACCACCUCAUGCGCGGAGAUCGUACGGGAACCGGGUUGCGGUUGCUGUCCCGUUUGCGCCCGGCAGAAGGGCGAGCUGUGCGGCGUCUACACGCCGAGAUGCGCGACCGGUUUAAGGUGUUACCCGAGUGCGCAUUCAGAUUUACCGCUGGAACAGCUGAUCCAGGGGUUCGGGCGAUGCGAGAUUAAAGUGGAUUUGGAGACCACCAUGAGCACCCCGGAGCUGGGACACAGUGGAGAGUUAAAUGGCACACGGCCCCCUCCUCAGAAGAAACCUACCAAGGACAACAACUACCAGCACAUCAAGGAGAUAGCUGUGAAGCAUCAUUUAAACAAGCAGAGGGGCAAGAUGUUAAAUCAACAGGAUGAUCUCAAAGUGCCUUACCCCAGACAGAGUCAGUGUCAGCAGGAACUAGAUCGAGUGCUGGAGGAGAUCUCCAGGAUGACUUUCCAUGACAAUAAAGGGCCGCUGGAGAAUCUCUAUGACCUGAAUUUUCCAAACUGUGACAAGACAGGACAGUACAACCUUAAACAGUGUCACAUGUCCACCCAUGGACAGAGGGGCGAAUGUUGGUGUGUUAACCCUCACACUGGUAUCCAGAUCCCCUCGUCCAUGAAAGUAAGGGGAGACCCCAACUGCAGUCAGUACUACGGCGGUCCGGAGCUGGAACCACCAACCAUCCUGCAGUAAAAGACGCCAUCUCUCCAAUGGGGAGACGCCUGGGUCGCAACCAAGUGCGAGAGGGAUGUGCAUGUGUGUAAUUCUGUAUAUGUGUGCGUGUGUGUGUGUAUUUUCUAAAUAAGUACGAUCUGUAUUGUCAAUAGGAGGCUGGAAUGAGACACAUGCCGGCAAAGACAAAUCAAGGGCACCCUUCCCAUCUCUCAAAUCAAGAUAACUGUACACUAAAUUUACCUUUGAAUGAUUGUUUCUUCUGCCUAUUUAUAGGCUUGAUCUGUGCCUUUAAUCCUGUGACCGAAUAUACUUCUAGAGAUAUUUCAGGGAGCCUCAUAUACAGCAUGUGCAGCUGUCCCAUGCAAACACAUGCCCUUUGUUGGGUUAUUCUGUCUUUUGUUUUUGGAGUCCCUAUAAAAAUGGUGCGAUAUUCAUGUGCACCGUUGCUUGACUCCAGAGACAAAACAUUGCAAACACAAUAGCAAUCUAAAAAAAGUGGAAUGAUUUUCUAUAAACACAUGACAUCCUAAAGGAUUAGUUUACCCCAAAAUUUGUAUGGCUCUUUUCAAACUGAACGAUUAAGAUUUUUGUGAAUAUCAGAUUAAAUUCGAUCGUGAGUGGCAAGGAAUUUUAUACGGUGCGUUUUUUUUUCCCUUUUUGUGGAGUUUGUUAGCCCUUUGGCAGUACUUUUCGUUUUCCACAGAAGCAAAGUGACACGAAGAUAAAUAAAAGAUGACAGAAAUGACGGUUAUUCCUUUAACAGAGAUAGUGAAGAAUGGUAGGGGCGCCUGAUUGGCUGAUUAUAUAGUUAUAGAGCCGUUACACAACUAUUUCAUGCAUUUCGUUUUUUACUUGGCAGACAAAUUCAAUCGAUGGUUAAAUCAGGAAUGAUUGGUUUGUGCUUAUUUGUCGGUCUUCGUACAUGCAUCAGAAGUCGUCUUCGCAUGACUUAACCGGUCUUUUUUUGCUUACGUUAGGUGUACUGUACAUGUUUAUUUUAACCCUUUACAAAGUUAAAAAUCAGAUUCUAUCUUAUCGUUUAGUUGUCGGACUUAAGUCAGCGGAAAAUCUUUUGAAAAAAUUCUGCAUCGACUGAUUUUAUGAUUGAUUACUGUUGUUGCUCGCGUCCGUCCCAGCUACUGGCAGUUGAUGGAGCUCGGUUCUCACUUUGCCUCUCAACCAUGUGCUAGAAUGCAGGUGGUGUAUGUGUGCUUGCGGUAGGGAUCAGCAUUUACUAAUGAUGUGCUGACAGAGAGCUAGAUUAGGACACAGGCCUGACAUUGACAAAUGUGGUAUAAAGUGGGUUAAGUGCAUAUAAAUAAACACAAGUUUGCCUGCUGUGCCAGUGAGUUAUGCUCACCUUACUCCUCAGAACUUAUGGGCUGGGUUAGCGAGAGCAGUUUUAACCCAGUUUGACCCAAAUUUUUUACCAAAUGCGGUAGUAUGACAAGUAUUAAUUACUUCCCUUAAUGGAGCUUCGACAUAAACAUUGGGUCUGAUUCACUAACCGUGCUGACACACAUACAGUAUACUAGUAUACUAUAUGUAAAAAAAAACACAUUUACACCACAGUUAACAUAAAAAAUAAGUUAAUAUCUCAAAGCAUACAUUUGUAUUGUAAUUAGAAAUUAAAUAAAUAAGAUUCUAAAAUAAUAAGUCUACUAUCUAAUUUAUAGUAACAAAAUAAAUCUGGUAAAAGUGCAUAACAAGGUUAUUGGCGCAGUUUCCCAGACAGGGUUUAGAUUAGGACAUUUAAAGGAACGCGCAGACUUUAGCUUAUUCACCGUAUCCCUUAGAGUUAGAUAAGUCCAUACAUAACUUUUUUCAUCGUCAUGCGUGCCGUGACUUUUUCUGACGCACCCGUCCCUAGCCUAGCUUAGCACAAAGACUGGAAGUAAAUGGCUCCAGCUAGCAUACUGCUCCCAAUAAGUGACAAAAUAACCCCAAAAUAAAAGGUCAUAUGAGAGACAGCCAUCUUUUAACCAUAUACAUACUGGGAACUAUAUUCUCAUUUCUGAGUGUUUAUCUUGAGGCACUGAUAUAUUUUAUUUUAUGAUAUGCCAGUGCAAGCUCAAACGUGCAUUUUAUUCUUGGACUACACUUAAAGCUGAAGUGUGGUCCAUUUUUAUACCUACGCGAGGGUCCUCGUACAGACGCACAUCACCGGAUUUUUGAAACCUUGUGUAUAUUGUACGUGUAGGUUGCGCAUGCGUCUAUUGCAUUUAGUUGCAAUGUGCAUGUGUCGAACGCCUGUGUACAAAUAUGAGUCAAAUAAACUAUACUUUGCAAGGCCGUGCAUUCGACUGUGCGCAUAUAUUCACGUACACGUAAAAAUAACAGACUAUACGCUCGGUCUGGAAAGCCAACGUUUUUAAAAUGGGUUUUGGCUAUUCACAGAUUUGUGCAUGCAUGUCAGGCGCAUGUGCACUUGUUUUGAAAAAAAGUGAUGAGAUGAUUGCAUAACCCAGAUUCAUCCACAUUAGAAUAAAUGUAUGCCUACACACCUGAUGUGCAAAUAUUUGGAUUAAGACUGAACACCAAAGGACACGCUGUAAUGCCAUUUUUUAAUUAUGCAUCUUAUCCAGUGCAACUUCCAGUACAUUUAUGGGAAUCGAACCCAUUGGAUCGAUUGCCAACUCAAUGCUUCAUACAGCUUCAGGAGCACUGUAUUAGUGAAUGAGACCCAUCUUUCUAAUAUCUUAGACUCUUAAACCUGAAACAAAAUUUUGUGAGAUAAAAUAUGUCAGAGAUUUACAGCGGUUUGAUCUGUAUGGGUUGGUCAGCAGGCAACAUUCAUUGACGAUAGGUUUUAUGUUAAUUUGUGCACAUUAAAGUGGACAUAUCAUGAAAAUCUGACUUUUUUCAUGUUUAAGUGCUAUAAUUGGGCCCCCAGUACUUCUAACCUAGAAAAUAUAAUAAAGCUCAACCCCGUAACUUAGUUUUGGUAUGCCAUUCUUUGCAAGCAUGUGAAAAAAUAGGUAAUUGAAAUUUGGCUCCCCUUGUGAUGUCAGAAAGGGAUAAUACCGCCCCUUAAUCUGCAAUAUCCAACCACGGCACUGACAUUUAGUGCAGAGAUCUAAAACUAAAACUUCACAUACGUACUCUGGAGACACCAAAGAUUUAUUUGACAUUUUUAAAAAGUCUUGUGAAAUGUCCCCUUUAAAUUGAACAUGUCAGAUGUUGGUUAAGCUUUAGCAUUAAUCUUCAUCUAUAUGAUCUAAUCUCUCAGUAUUUGCAGUUGUGGGUUAGCCUUUUUGAUAUAUUAAACAAAUUAACCUUCAGUAACUCUCAGUAUUACCCUAGCUUUCAUGUAUUUGCUUAGCAUCGUGCUAACUCCAGCUACAAUACUGGCUCUCCAAAAUCCUCUUGUGUAAUUUUUGGUGGCACACAGCUGAGACACGGGUUACAGGUUUUUUGUUUCGGUUCCAAAAUAGAUCGCUGCCUGCCCUCUAGCAGUACAGUAAAUUUUACGGUAGCUCGAGUUUGGCCUAGUUUGAAAACAGUGAGAAACCAAUCCCUGUGGUUUUCGGGCAUAUUGAUUUGCCUGAGAGGUUCCAGUGGGAUGGAAGUGUUCACCUACGUGUGUUUGUGUGUGUGUGUGUGUAUGUGUGAAUGUUUCGAUGCUGUGCCAUGCCUGGAGCCAGAGGGACGGUGGGAAGGAUUUCAUACCAUCUGGUGCAGUGUUAAACUGUCAGAGCCGGUCUCUGCAUUUGGAGACUCUUAUGACUUGACAAGGGGAGUUUCUUGAGCAAAUCCAAACGUUGUGUGCCAUGCCAGCAUCUCGCAUGCGUUUUCCCCCUGUUUUUCAUUGCGUAUCCUGUGUGUCAGGAGGUAUUAAAUAACGUACAUUACUCAAAGCAUUCUGGACACAGCAUGCUCCAUAUGUCCUGUGUCAUGCGAACGGUGCACGGACUCAAUUUUCUGUACAACUGCAAUGGAAAAAGCCAUAAAUGCAUGCAAAAAUAGACAUUGGUUUUAAAUUCUUGUAACAAAAUCUAGCAUGAUUAAACGUAUUACCUUUCAGACCUAUGA